UGGCCAUAUUUACCAAGUUUCGUAAUAGAGUUGUCUUCUAUUCAAUCGCGAAUCAAAAAUGUCAUCGAUAUGAGGUUUCUGUACGACUACUACGAACCAACGUUGGCGAUCCUUUUUGAACCAUGUCAGACAUGGCCAGGAAAAUUGAACUCGAAUAAGGAUACAUGUUCUCUUGUGGUGGUAUCACUAGACAUUUCACAAAAAAUGUAUCCUGUCAUUUACUCCAUGGACAAUCUACCACACUCCUGCGUGAAAUUAAUCUCAAUUCCGAAACCCGUGGGUGGCAUCCUCGUCAUAACGGCCAAUGCGAUAAUACAUGUCGAUCAAAGUUCUAAGGGAAUCGGAGUUUCUGUUAAUGGGUAUGCAUUAUCUACGACGGAUUUUCCACUUGAUCGUUCAUUCGAGUAUCUGGGGCUUUCUCUGGAAGGGUCACAUCACGUUUUUCUGGAUACCGACGAAAUUUUACUUGCUUUACGGAAUGGUGAUUUGUGCCUCAUGAAAUUGGUAAAGGACGGACGAUCAGUGUCAAGAAUCGAAUUAAAGAAAGUUG